AUGGCCGACCCAUCAGCAUACACGUAUCCCUCUCCACUCGCUGGCUACGAGUCGGCCGGUCCGCUCCCGUCAGAUCUUAAUGAAGACGGCAAGUCGUUCCGCAAUCCAGCAGCGGAGCGGAGCAAAGCAUAUUCACAGUUCACUUCCGGCAUCACCAACGGUACUAGUGGAGGGUUCGAUGUGCACAUCUAUUACUUCCAGGCCAAUGACGUGCAAACCAAGUUCGCUCAGGAGCUGUGGCAGAGAGUUCGCUAUGAGUUCCCUGAGCUACGGAUCUAUAAAUUCUGGGACAAGCCUGUUGGGCCGCAUCCAUAUGCCAUGUUUGAAGUCAACUUAUUCACACCGGAGCAGUUUGGUGCCUUUAUACCGUGGCUUGUGAUCAACCGCGGCCCGCUCAGUGUGCUGCUACACCCGAACUCUGAGGAUGGGGAUGUAAUCAGGGAUCAUACACAGAGGGCAACGUGGUUAGGUGACAAGGUCCCGCUAGAUAUUGGUCUGCUGAGGAUGUUCGAGGAAAGGCAGAAAGUUAAGAGGCAGGAAGAGGCAGCAAAAGCUCCGUGA